GUGAUUCCCAGUCUGGAGGCACUUGGUCAUCGACAGCAUAGGGCAGAAAGGGGAUAAAUAAAUCAGAAACCUGGUGAAAAAAAUGCCUGCUCAGAAUAAAGAUGAUGGAGGCUGGAAGAAGUUUGUAUGGAAUUCAGAAACGAGGGAAUUACUCGGACGCACCGGUGGUAGUUGGGCAAAAAUCCUUCUGUUUUACGUCGUCUUUUAUGGUUUUCUGGCUGGAAUCUUCAUCGGCACAAUCCAGGCUCUUCUUCUCACUUUGAGUAACUACAAACCCACCUGGCAGGACAGAGUUACUCCUCCUGGACUCACCCACUCCCCACGUUCAGAAAAAACUGAGCUGAGCUUUAACAUAAACAAUGUGGAAACGUAUGUGAAAUACACAAAAGCCAUGCUUAAGUUCCUGGAGGCUUACGAUGAUGCAAAGCAAAUAGACCAAAUGAAGUUUGAGGACUGCGGAGAGCAACCAGCUGACUACAAAAACAGGGGUGAUCUGGAGAGUGAAAUAGGUGUUAGAAAGUCCUGCCGAUUCUCGAGGACGCAUCUUGGGCCUUGCUCAGGCAUUGAGGACAAUUAUUUUGGAUUCAGUGAGGGGAAACCCUGCCUAAUUGUGAAACUCAAUAGGAUUGUGAAUUUUAAGCCAAAGCCCCUACAGUCCAAUGAAAGUCUACCUGAAGAGGCUAAGACCAAAUUACAGCCUAAUGUGAUCCCCAUUCACUGCACAGCUAGGAGACCAGAGGAAAAACAACUGCUUGGAGAGGUAAAUUACUAUGGCAUUGGAGAAGGCUUCCCCCUCCAGUAUUACCCGUACUACGGCAAGCUGCUACACCCACAGUACCUCCAGCCUCUGGUGGCCAUCAAGUUCGCCAAUAUGACCAUGAACUAUGAGCUUCGUAUCGAGUGCAAAGUGUUCGGCGAGAACAUAUAUUACAGUGAGAAGGAUCGCUUCCAGGGACGCUUUGAGGUUAAACUCAAGAUCCACAACUUUUGACCUCCAUUAGAAGUAAAGCACUUUUACUGGCCCAGUUUUAAAGCAAACCAAGGACCAUCUUCUGACUUAAGAUAUGCAGACACCAGGCCUAGUUUUUUCCACUUGUCUUCCACAGUCUUUUACUGAGGAGAUGCGUAAAAACAAUUGACAGUAUGCAAGUGUCUUGCGUCAGAAAGUGGUCUUGGUUGUUCAGCAGAGAUUCAAAAGAAGUUCAAGAACUAGUCUAUAAUAAACCAUUACAUGUGGGACCUAACGUUGUCCGUGCGCUUUCUUGCAAGCUUUCCUGCUUCUGUAUAGGGUUAGAGUGUAAAUGCCUGAAGGACUAGCCAUAGCAUAUUAGACUAUGCGACUAAUAAAGGAAAAUAGUUGACCAAGAGACAUAUUUUUGUUGUAUAGAUUUUAGGUCUACUUCAAGUUAAGUCUACAAUGUUUUGUCUGUUUACUCAUGUACAGCCACUUUGUGAAGUAUUUCUUCAUUUUAACGAUGCAUGGCAGCCGCAUAUGUACGUUGUUCUAAGCCAAAUCAUGUGUUAUCAGGCUAUAAUUAUUGUACAUGUAUUCAGUAUACGUGUAUGUAUUUUUACUUACUGUUAACGAAUAAGUCUUAAGUGUCUUUUGUUUUCUGGGGGAUUUCAGGUAUAAGAAGAGAUAUUACAUUUUUAUUUAACUUAUUCUGUCAAAUCACCAAUCAGAAAAGAAUAUUUUUUGCUUGAAUGUGUAAUAAUGUUGCCUUUCAUACCUAUGUUGGAUGCUUUUAUUGAUUCAUUGAUUGAUUCCUUAAUUCAUCCAUUUAUUGUCUUACAGCAGUCACCACACUCAAAAUAUAGUAAAUACACAUAAAUAAAAGAAAUACAGUUAUAUAAUUGCACAUUAUAUUAUUUAUGCAGACAAGUGGUGUGUGUUAAAAAACCAAAACGACUGAAAAGAAAUCUGAAUCAUUCUAAUCACCACAGUGACACAUAAUGUACAUUUUUGUAGAUGUGUGCAGUCAGUGACCACCAUCAGAUAUCUGUAACUCCCUUUAACUCUUCUGCUCAAACUAAUCUGUAUUUGAUUACUCAAAAGCACAGCGUUAAGAUUAUUUGAUAGUAGAGAAUACUAUGAGAGAUAAUCUGCUCAAUGCAUAAAGAAAAAACAUUAGAGAUGGAAUUAACAAGAAUAAAACAAAGCAUAUGAAGAAACAAGA